GAUUCCUGCAUCUAACUUAACCUAAAAUAAAUUUGACGUUUGACAGAACUGAAAAAUUUGUUGUCAUCUUCAAUACCUUUCGUCAGUGUGUAUAUUAAAAAUGCCGAGUCAAGAGGUCACAACGAGCAAAGUGGUGGUUCACCCCCUUGUUUUAUUAAGCGUGGUGGAUCAUUUUAAUCGUAUGGGAAAAAUUGGUAAUCAAAAACGUGUCGUCGGCGUGUUAUUGGGUUGCUGGCGAGCUAAAGGGGUUCUUGAUAUAUCAAAUAGCUUCGCAGUUCCCUUUGAUGAAGAUGAUAAAGAUAAAUCUGUAUGGUUCUUGGAUCAUGAUUAUUUAGAAAAUAUGUAUGGGAUGUUUAAGAAAGUUAAUGCAAGGGAAAAAGUGGUUGGUUGGUACCAUACAGGUCCAAAAUUACAUCAAAACGACAUAGCCAUAAAUGAAUUAAUAAGAAGAUAUUGUCCUAAUUCAGUAUUGGUGAUAAUUGAUGCAAAACCGAAAGACUUAGGAUUACCUACCGAAGCAUAUCAAGCAGUUGAAGAGGUCCACGAUGAUGGUUCACCUACAUCUAAAACGUUUGAACAUGUACCGAGUGAAAUUGGUGCAGAAGAAGCUGAAGAAGUUGGAGUGGAACAUCUUUUAAGAGAUAUAAAAGAUACAACGGUUGGAACUUUAUCUCAAAGAAUAACAAAUCAAUUAUUGGGUUUAAAAGGACUUCAUUGUCAAUUAAGGGACAUUAGGGAUUAUUUGAUACAAGUCAGCGAAGAAAAACUCCCCAUUAACCAUCAAAUCGUAUAUCAGCUACAAGACAUUUUUAAUUUACUACCAGAUAUUAACAAGGAUACUUUUAAUAAGUCUUUUUAUGUUAAAAAUAACGAUCAAAUGCUUGUUGUUUAUUUAGCAGCUAUGGUCAGGUCAAUUGUUGCCUUGCACAAUUUGAUUAAUAACAAAUUGACUAAUAGGGAUGCCGAGGAAGGUAAAAAGGAAGAGGCGAAAAAAGAUAAGGACAACAAAGAAAAGGAAAAGGAUAAAGAUGCUAAGAAAGAAGAAAAGAAAAAAUAA